CUCAAAAGAAGAAGAAGUAAACAUGGCAGCGUUCAUGGACGCAGCAUAACUUAGCUUCAGAUGCCCCUUUGCCGAGUUUCUCCUGAGAACGGUCUUUUGUAGGGUGGAGCAGACAUGUCAGAUAAAGAGGUCGGAAAGGAGAGCCCUGGGGGGAAAGGGUACAGGACCCCGGGGCUGAGGAGCGCACAGACCACGACGAUGUUCCGAGCUUUCAACCCUGAACUGUUCAUAAAACCUAAUAAACCAGUGAUGGCGUUUGGACUGGUGACCAUCACCUUGUGUGUGGGCUACCUGGGCUAUAUGCACGCAAUGAAAGAGAACGACCAGCAGCUAUACGAGGCAAUCGACAGCGAAGGAGACAAAUACAUGAGGAGGAAGACUUCAAAAUGGGACUGAUGGCACAGAAUGUGCUAUAACAUGUUUGUGGAUGCUUAUGCACUGUAAGGACAGAGUGAAUUAAACCUGACUUGGUUGGAAAAGGGACAUUUAUUAAACAUUUCCAAUCUGUAAAUUAUAUGAAAAGAUGCUAAUAAAAGAUGUUCACUGAUGAACCUGCUUUUCUUUUGGACUGUUGGCCAGAUGAAGGAAGGCAUUUGAAGAUGUCUACCGUGAGCUCUGGGAACUUGUAAUGAACACUUCAACUAAUUAAUGUCGUUCAUAAUGCUGAUUAAAAAAUAUUGAUAAAUUA